CGGUGGGCGCACGUUUGCAUUUUGAUUCCAAGCAACUGGUGCUCACGCAAACUGGGGGAAAGCCCCAAACUGUUCCCUUGCGAAUUUCCACCCGAACGAUAAAACGAACUCCUAACUCAACCCAAAUAGGGAUGAUUCGAUGCAUCGAUGCCGAUGGGUAUUCUUCCUCGGACAUAGGCAACGGAAUCAGGGAACAGGAAUACGAAGAAGAACUGCCCAGUGAGGAUGAAUGGAAGCACCGUGGAUUCAGGAGACAGCACACUUGCGCCUCCGAAAGCCCAGGGCACGGGAAUGCGGACGGACUGACACGACUGGACCGGCCUGAGAAAGUUCUGAAGAGUGAGGAGGUGAUUCCGUGGAACGAACCCGAACAGGAGGUUGGACCUCGAUACGGCCAAGUGGAGAUCUUGUCCAAGCAAGUACAGGUGACGUGGACGCAGACCAGCGAGCAUCCUGCGUGGAUCGAAAAUUUGGAGCUGCUGAUCAUCCACGCUUGGAGGACUAACGUCGAAGGCGAUCUUCUCGGCUUUCUCUUUGGAUCGGUAUGGCCGGGCCGUUGCCAGUUGAUUGCGCAGGAGCUCAUCGCGCCGAUCAUGCAAUUGGCGGACGACCUCUCGCCCGACAUCUAUUCGCAAAGCGACGACAGCCCUGCUCCGUACAUUCUCGAGCGAUCAUUGGAUUCGUACCUUCAGUGGACUGCGUGCUUAGAGGAGCCUAGGGACGAAGAUAUUCUACCAUCACGGCAGGAGUAUCUGAAGCCGUACGACAUCAUCCCUCACGCCUUCUAUCUGAAGGCGGAGGAACUGGUGAUCGACGAUGACGACGAAGAAGAUGACGACGAGGAAACGUCGGAGGAGGGAAGCUAUAGCGAGUAUAGCGAGGGCGAGCUGAGUGAAGAAGAAGAAGAGGAGGGAGAAGAAACCGGAUAUGAGUGGGAAGCCUUGCCGGAGGAAGCGGCACGAACGGGCACGGAGGCGGAAGAUCAGGAGGCAGCGCGAAGGCGCGAAGAAAUUGCCACCGGGAAACGCCACCUGGAGUUCGCCAGUGGAGCCAGCUUGCGCAUCCGUAACGAUCCGACCAGGGAUCCGGAGCCGCCGAAGCCCGAAGAUGGUGACCCAUCAGCCGCCACCUCAAGCACCGUGCGACGGAGACGGAGCCGAUCCCCCUCCUCCUCCAGCCCCACCCGUCCCCCAGUUGCGGCUGUGGGGUUGGAGACUGUGGUGAGGUUCAGAGAGCUGGCCAUGGAGCAAAUGAUUGAAAAGGGGGAUGAAAAUGUCCUGUGGAUCAAGGCACCUGACAUAGCCCAGGAAUCUGGCAAUGCGACUGCGGCAUUAUGCUGCCUACACACGGACUUGCUUGCACUUCAUUUGCGCCUACAGCUGACUCUGGCGAUGGAGUAUGAUGCAAGAAAGGCGUCGCAACGCAAAGCGUGGGCGAUAGAAAGAGCGGCAAAGAGAAAGCGUGAAGAGAACAUUUAUGGGGUAGUGACCAUGAGGGAGCAGCGGGAAAUGGAGAAGGAAAUUGCUGAAGCAGGUGUUGUCCCUCCGAAUCCGGCCAAGGUAGAAACACAGCUGUUGUCAGAAACAGCGCACAAUCCAUACCAUAAAGCACUACUACUGACGGAAAUCGCAAAGUUGAGGUCAUCAAGAUUUGAUUGCGAUCGACUUCUUCAGGCAGCAAUCCAGGAGCUCAGGAGAGCUUCUGCCCUUGAAGAAUCUCUGCUACAUGCGCAAGCCGCAGAUGUGACAGGAACAGGACCAGACGGUAGCAGCCAGGUAGUUCCACCGGCUCCAAGGGUGCUGGCACGGACCGCCAGGAUGGUCUACCUGAAAUCUCGCGCACUUCAACUGCAGAAGACAGGUGCAAUACCAAAGACAUAUGCAGUAUACGCAAAGCUGACAGGAAGCGGCGUAGCGGCCGAAAAGAUGGCGCCGUCGCUCACGUGGACCCGGAGGAAGCAGCGAAGCAUGAUGGAGAUUACAUGGGGGGUGGAGGGGGGGCCACCGCCCUGUUUGAAAGCGUGUAUUGAUGGGCCACGAUCGCGCGAUUUGAUGCGGUGCUUCUACGAGGAGCUUGAGGAGGGGCAAGUUCUCUGCGCUGCAUUGGAAGAUCGAUGGUACGAUGAUGCUGAUAAUAUCGUGGAAGACGAUCUGGCCAAUUACACCAACGCUGGAGACGAUCAGGAUAAUAACACCAUCGCCGACGACGCCAUCAUGACCAACAGCAACGACGAUAACGAUCUCGCCCACCUCGCCGAUGUCUACAACAACAACAACAACAACAACAACAACAACAACAACAACAACAACAAUAACAACAACAACUACAACAACACCAACGACAAGAACAACAACAGUAACAAGCCAAUAUUGCCUGUGACCAGCUCGCUCAUUUCUUCACAAGCCAUGAACAGCAACAUCAACAACUACACCAUGCCUGUGACUGUGCCGCUGGUAUCUACACAGGCUACGAGCAUCAACAGUGACAACUACAGCAACAACAAGGAGGCUGCGCACGGCAGUGCCAUGGACAGAAGGAAGCAGUGUUCGUGCACGGCAGGGAGCAACGAUAUCUACAACAAUAACAAUAUCGGCAGAUAUGGUGAAGAACCACAGGAGGAACAUGCAAAGGAUGCACCCGACCCCUUGCGUGAGGCAUUCGGACCAGAGCCAAUGGAUUUUGAGACAGCAAGUGCAGAGGGAAGCCAAUCGCGAGAAGACCCCGAUGCCCCCCCUGGCGGUUUGGACAUUGAGAGCAAGCUCCAAUCUGUAGCAGACUGGGUCAUCACACACCUCAAGACACGUUGCACGAGAGAAGGACAAUUAGGGGGGACAGAGGAAUUCUGGGAUAGAACAUACGUUGAGUUAUUUGGCCUACUGGACAAAAGCCCUACACUAAAGGAAGCUUUAGAGAAAGGCCCGCCGAUGCACCAUGCAUGGAAAGAAGUCUAUCAAAGAAUCCUACACAUCUCUGUAGCCCAAUUUCAGCCGCCACCGGAACCCCCAGACCUUCCCCAAGCCCCAUCCACUCCCCCUCCGUCGUCACCUCCUCUUCCAGCCUCCUCCUCCUCCUUAUCACGGACGCCGUCACACGAAAAGGAUAUGGAAGAAGAGAUAACAACACUGCCGGAACCAAGGAGAAAUGACGGUGAGAAGGAGAAAGGACAAGAAGAGGAAGAGGAAGGAAACAAGGAAUUAAUAUCACCCAGACAAAGAGUGCGGCAGGCGGUAGAGAAAGGGCUACACGAAAGAGCCCUCAUGGCACGAGCGGGAGUGACUCUAAUUCCCUUGCGCAAGAAAGGGGGGAAAUGGGAAUUAGGAUUGAAACCUGCAAGUACCGGGGACAAACAUCGAGAUGUCACCCUACCCGGCUUUGAGUUAAUUAAUAUAUGGACCAGUACUGGGAUGCGUGACCUCAUGUUUUGGCGGCAAGUGGAGGACUUCCUUAAGGAACAAUAUGGGGCAGGAGUCCAAGCCACAUUGCAGCUCGGGAGGGAGUACCCCCAGAUUGCAAGUAUAGAUGUGUACCUCAAGUUUGACGACAACAAGGAUUCAGGACUCCAGUGGUUUGGCAUAAAUCAGUUGUUGGACCUGCAGACCUUGCAGUUUGUAUUACAAGGAUAGUAAGAAAAGGGGUCCUCACAGAAAUCAACUGGGAUCAACAAAAAUGGUCGCCGGUC